UGUGCAAUCUGUUUUCUCCAGCGGAGGGCACUCAGUGUAUCACAAACUCAAGCAUUAGCACCAACAAGCUCUGAGCAUCAUCAGUCUCUGGAAAGCCUUCUGAAUUAGACAAGGGCUGCCUCUCAGCACAGCUACAAAACACUUUAAACCUGACCAGCUAAAUGGAUACACCUAGCCUGCAUGGCUUUUAAACUGGGGUCUCAGACAGCACAGGAGGCCUACUUGCUUCAAGAACUGGAGAUCCAGAGGAUGAAUUGCUUUAUCUGGGAAUGGCAAAAGCCAGCACAAUAAGGAAUGCCAGUUUGCAUGGGGCUCCCAGCUCCCAUGCGGGAUCGGGAUGGUGUGAAUGACAGCCGCACUGUGUCAUGAAGGUGGCGGUGGUUUCGGCACCAGAGACCAAUUAAGAAGAGAGCUGAGAGAGGGGGGGACCGCUUUCGGAUGACAAAGGAUGGGUUUCCGCUUCAUGACGCAGCUGCGAGGCAUGCGCGCGGUGCUGGCGCUCCUCUCCGCGCUGCUGCUGGUGAUGCUCGCGGGGGCCCAGCGAGCUUGCCCGAAGAACUGCAGGUGCGAUGGCAAGAUCGUGUACUGCGAGUCCCACGCGUUCGCAGACAUCCCGGAGAACAUCUCUGGAGGAUCCCAGGGCUUGUCAUUAAGGUUCAACAGCAUUCAGAAACUCAAAUCCAAUCAGUUCGCUGGCCUUAACCAGCUUAUAUGGCUUUAUCUGGACCAUAAUUACAUCAGCUCCGUGGACGAGGAUGCGUUUCAAGGCAUCCGCAGACUGAAAGAAUUGAUUCUGAGCUCCAACAAAAUCACCUACCUGCACAAUAAGACCUUCCACCCCGUUCCCAAUCUCCGCAACCUGGACCUCUCCUACAACAAGCUGCAGACUUUGCAGUCGGAGCAGUUCCGAGGCCUCCGGAAGCUCAUCAUCUUGCACUUGAGGUCCAACUCGUUAAAGACGGUGCCCAUUCGAGUGUUCCAAGACUGCCGGAACCUGGACUUCCUGGACCUGGGUUACAAUCGCCUCCGCAGCUUGUCCCGAAACGCCUUCGCGGGCCUCCUGAAGCUAAAGGAGCUCCACCUGGAGCACAACCAGUUUUCCAAGAUCAAUUUCGCCCACUUCCCGCGGCUCUUCAACCUGCGCUCCAUCUACUUGCAAUGGAACAGGAUUCGCUCCAUCAGCCAGGGCCUGACGUGGACCUGGAGUUCCUUGCACAACUUGGAUUUAUCGGGGAACGACAUCCAAGGGAUCGAGCCGGGCACGUUCAAAUGCCUGCCCAACUUGCAGAAGCUGAACCUGGAUUCCAACAAGCUCACCAACAUCUCCCAGGAGACUGUCAACGCGUGGAUAUCCUUAAUAUCCAUCACGCUAUCCGGCAACAUGUGGGAGUGCAGUCGGAGUAUCUGCCCCCUCUUUUUCUGGCUUAAGAAUUUCAAAGGCACCAAGGAGAGCACCAUGAUCUGUGCGGGACCCAAGCACAUCCAGGGGGAGAAGGUCAGCGACGCGGUGGAAACCUACAACAUCUGCUCCGAGGUCCCGGUGGUCAACACGGAGAAGGCCCACCUGGUGCCCCACACGCCCCAGAAGCCUCUGGUGAUCCCCAAGCCCACCGUCUCCAAAUCUGACCCCUUGCAGCCCACCCUGGGGACACCCAGCCCCUCCCCGGCAUUUCCGAUCCCCGGUGCAGAACAGGAUUAUGAGCAUGUGUCCUUUCACAAGAUCAUUGCCGGGAGCGUGGCCCUCUUCCUCUCGGUGGCCAUGAUCCUGCUGGUCAUCUACGUGUCCUGGAAGCGCUACCCCGCCAGCAUGAAGCAGCUGCAGCAGCACUCGCUCAUGAAGAGGCGGCGGAAAAAGACCAGGGAGUCUGAGAGGCAGAUGAAUUCCCCCUUGCAGGAGUAUUACGUGGACUACAAGCCUACAAACUCUGAGACCAUGGAUAUAUCCGUUAACGGAUCUGGGCCCUGCACAUAUACCAUCUCUGGCUCCAGGGAAUGCGAGGUCCCACACCACGUGAAGCCCUUGCCGUACUACAGUUACGACCAGCCGGUGAUCGGGUACUGCCAGGCUCACCAGCCUCUCCACGUCAACAAGGGCUAUGAAGCCGUGUCCCUGGAGCAGGACGAAACCCCCGGCCUGGAGCUCGGCCGUGACCACAGCUUCAUCGCCACCAUCGCCAGGUCGGCAGCACCCACCAUUUACCUGGAGAGAUUAACAAACUGAUGCAAAAGCAGCUCCUCACUGGGGGACUCCAAGAGCGGGAGGGAGGGUCUCCAUCCUAAAGAAUGGCUGUCCAACAUUGCGCAACCAAGGCGGCUCUUGUUCCUGCGAGAACAGUUAUGACAGAUGGGAAGGGGAAAACCAAAACUGCCACCAGAGAGCACCUGCACCAUAACCAGGAGAGCCACAGAACCUUCUUUGCUUUAAAACGUACCACAAACCAACCAACCAACGUGCUCCUGGAUGUAAAUAGUAAACGUGUUGAGUUCUUAUACAAAUAGAUUCCAUCCUAGCUACACAUAGGUUUGUUUGUAUAUUUGCUUUUUCUACACUGCAUGGUUCCUGGCCUGGAGAACCACAGGGCAGGGAGAACCUGGGGAGGGUGGGGAGUUGGGGAAACAAUACCAGUUUUCCUUGUUAGGUAUGUGUAACUCUUGGACUUUUUGUUUUGAUUGCUUUUAUUUUCUUUUCUUUUUUUCUUUUAUUUUCUUUAAAAAUGAUGUUUGUUCUUGUCUGGUUUGUUUGAUUUUUAUUGUUUACCUAGCCAAGUGAUACUGUUUCCACUUCUGAACAUGGGCAUCAGGCUUAUGUUGUACCAAAAGAAAAUCUGCUUUACCACAGACCACAGGUUAGCAAAGCUGGCCACCAAGUCUGACGGAGCUAUUGCAAUGAAGAUCCAACAGAACGUGGGCAAAGAGCACUUCCUGACACCCUGACAUCCGGGGCACACGGUGUGAGGAGCUCUGCUUGUUUCCUCUGGGCCGCCCUCACUGUGUGUUCUCACUGGAGGAAGUCUGAAGGAAGGAUCCCUGAAGGCCUCCAAGAGAAAUUACCAGCAGAAACAUCCUCAUGUGGACCAGGGGUCUAUGAACUACCAUGGUCAUGUGGUCAAUGAAUGCAACUGCCAAGCCAACAAAUUUCUAAAUACAAGAUAAUGUCUAACAUUGAUUUUUUUAAAUUAUCAAUUACUUUUUUGUGUAGUUUUAUCAAUAAAAGAAAAAAGAAAAGGUCCAAAAAAUAAA